GCUCUCCCGCCACUGAAACUACCAAAGUUGGAAAGGGGGGAAGCAGGUUCGACUUGAAAUCUAUAUAAAAAUCAGAACAAGUAAGUUAUUCUGGUCAUGAGCAAGAACGAAACGAAAGAUAGAAGAUUCAUUUAAAAAAACAAGAAGAAGAAAAUACUGGAACAAAUACUUAACUAUUAAAACACUUAGACCUCGUUUUCACCUUACUGUGAUUUAUAAAUAGAUAGUGGCCUACAGUAAACAUUUUAGUCAAAUUAAGAAACAUAAUAGAAAGUCACCAUUGCUCUACAACAAAAACGUAAGCGACUACUGGAAGAAAACUAAAAGGAACUAUUUGGCGAAAACAAAAUUGGAAGCAGUUGAAGGAAACGAAGCUCUUCAAGCUGUGGAAAUAUUCGUUGACAUUUUCGUGUUUAUUUAGCUACGAGUUCUCAAAGAUCGAAUCUGAUUGGACAAUUUAAAACCUAAUUAACUCACCUUAAAAGAAAAUGAUGAGCUGCCUCGCCUACGUCUACAGAUGGAGUGUGUUGUCCUUGAUCCUCCUCUGUUUAGUCUGCUCCAGUGAAUCUCAAAGACGGAGAGUGAAUUGCGAGAAUUAUCCGUUUGCAAAAAUGUGCCGGGGUAUUUCUGCCAAGAGGUCAAAUGUCCAAGCGUCCAGUCUAGACAAUGACUUCCAGUCACCUCACACAUUGGAAGACAUGAUUCAGAGGAGUUACAACUCUUUCAGAUCCAAUUUAAAUAAAAAAUCUUUAAUCCUGAAGAGUUUGCAAGCACCGUUGUCCGAGAGUGAAGGACAAACUGACCGGAGGUUUGUGUCCAGUGGACUGGACGACAUGGACUCACACGAAAACAGUUAUCUAUACGCCUAGUUUAUAGCCCUAUUUCGGCCUGUCCAGUUAAAACCCAUCUCGUGGUCAUCAUGGAACUGACCACAUGGACUACUGAGGCUGAUCAUUCAAAGAAAAAUUCCGUUUUUAAUUUUUUUUAUUUUAGACUGUAUUUAGAUUUGUCUUUGAAUUAUAUCUUCUUUUGCACUUCAAUUGACAUUAGCAGAAAUAUUUUAAACAAACGGGUGUCAAAUGACAAAUUACAGAUUUUACAGACAAAUAUGAAACAAUUUUGUUCUUUGUUGUUUGAAUUUUUUUUUUCUUUUUGGUGAUGGUUGAUAUUGUUGAUUACUAAUGUCGAUAUACAAUUUGAAUUUUUUGUUUUGUUAAUCUUAUCUGAGUUUUGUACUAUUGUGUUAGACACCUUUUUUUUUUAAGUUCCCCCCCAAAAAAUGUGUUUCUCUAUUUAACAAAUAAAAAAUAUAUUUAAUAAGAGACUUCAUACAUGAUAAGGUGAGUGACUUUGUGUUUUUUACAUUUUAGCGGUUUGGGAUUUUAUAAUUAUUCGUUUUAUUUUAUUUAUUUUUUUGGCUGUAUAUAAAUCUAUACAAAUAAAUCUAAUUUUAGAAAUAUAAAAUAAAAUCAUGUUAAUGUUAUGUUGAUGAAAAGAAACAGCAAAAAAAAUGUUUUAAAAAAUUGUUUAGUUUAUAGUUUAAUAACUUUAAGGAUUCUCAGCCUGAUUUCCCGUGUAAGACAUUUCUUAGAGACAACUGAGACCUAACUUAAUGCUCUAAAAUAAUUUUGAAAUAAGAUUUGAAAUGAUGUUAGCUGUACAUCUCCAGAGUAUACUCUACUAAAUGAUGGUUUACGAAAAAGUGACAAUUAGUUAAAGAAAUUCUCUUGGCAUUGUUAGUUAAACCAUUUGAUGGAAUUAACAAAAAUUUAUAGAGAGCUUCAUUGUUCACUAGGAAAACGUUUUUCUUUUAAAGAUCUGAAUUUCUUAGGAAGCGGAAGUUAUUGGAAACAAUGUAAUAUUAUUAGACUUCUUCUCCUAGGACAUGACUUGUUGGUCUAAUAAAGUGGGUCAAAUAAAGUGGGUCAAGUUAAGUGGGUCACAUAAAGUGUGUCAAGUUAAGUGGGUCACAUAAAGUGGGUCGAAUAAAGUAGGUCAAGUAUAGUGGAUCAAACAAUGCGGAUCAAAUAAAGUUAGUCAAGUAAAGGGGGUCAAAUAAAGCGGUCAAGUAAAGUGGGUCAAAUAAAGUUGUCGGAUAAAGUGGGUCAAGUAAAGAGGAUCACAUAACAUAUCAAACCCAACUGCUCCUAAAGUAUCAGAACAUGUUGAUUUUUAUAAUCAUCUUAGUUUUGAAAGCGGCCUUUCUCUUCAACAACGUCUAGAAAUAAAAAGUCAAUGUGCACACACAAUAAAAUGCCUAUCUUAGUUCAAUGUGCACACACAAUAAAAUGCCUAUCCUAGUUCAAUGUGCACACACAAUAAAAUGCCUAUCCUAGUUCAAUGUGCACACACAAUAAAAUGCCUAUGGUAGAAAGUCUGAUGGCAACAGCCUCUUCACGUGUCCCACAGAUCGUACAUAGCUUUGGAUGGUUUACCAGAGGCUGGAAGUCUUGGGUCUGAAGAUCUUUGGAGGAUUCGGAUUUCAGCACAUUACAUCGUGUCCGUGAACAAUCGGAAGAUGGGCCUGCAACUGUUGAAUGCACAAGUCUGUAUGUAUGAAUCAAUCUCGCACGCUCAACAUAUACAAAUAGUAUUAAAAAACUAUAGUGAAUGUAACAGCAAACUAUUGUGUAUAUGAUUACAUCGAUAAGAAUGUCUUGUCGCCUAGAUAAUCAUACAAGUAUUGUAUUUACCAAUGAGAAGUCUAGACGAGCAAAUUUGAAUCAUAACCUUAAUAAACUUAGUAAAUUAACAAAGCUUUCCGUUGAAGUUUGGUGUUUUAAUCGCAAGUACAACAAAUUGUUAACACAACGACAGAGAUAUUUGUUCUGUACAAAACAUCGUGAGGCCUUAUAGCCAUAAGAGAUUUGUGGACAUUAAACUAUUAAAUACACUUAUUUAAUUUAUGCUAAUUUUUUUUUUAUCUUUUCAUAAUUAAUGUAUGGGGAGUGUCUGGCGGCAUACUCCGCUUGUCUAAACCUUAAUCAAGAAAAGGGGGGGGGUGCUUUAGAAUGUAGACUAAGAAUUUCAAUUAAGAAUUCAUUCCAUCUGAGUUGUGUUUUCUGAGCGCAACAUGUAAACCUACUCUUAGGUAGUCCCUCUCCCAAAGUCCACAAAAGAAAUUGGAUCAGUGCGCUGUAAGAAAAAAAAAAAGCAAUAACAAAAAUAAUAGCAAUAAUAAUAAGGCUGAGAAUCCUUUAAGAAUCUCAAUUAUUUUAUCUGAACAAAAUGCUUGCUACUGACUAGAUAAACACACGCAUUGAAAUAAACAGUUUAAAAUAAAA